AUGUUCAUGGGCGACCGCAUUAUUGUACAACCCGCGAAACAACCUUUGCGUCGCGACCGUGAUCGUGAGCGCGAUCCGUACGGUCCUCCCCGUCGCCCACGCGGGUUUGAUAUGCGUGGUCCUCGAGGACCCCGGGGGCCACGUCGUGGUAUGUACCGACUCAUUGUGUUCAACUUGCCUCCAGGCACUAGCUGGCAAGAUUUGAAAGAUGUUGGCCGCGAGCAUGGUCAUGUCACGUUCUCCGAUAUCAAUCCGAAUCAACCCGAUGAAGGUGCCUUGGAGUUUGAAUCGCGCGACGAUUAUGAGCGCGCAUUGGCGCGUAUUGAGGGCACUGAUUUGCGUGGCGCUAUUCUCCGGGCUGAGCCUGAUGGUGAUUUGCCGCCUCUCCCGCCGCCGUCGUCCAGUGAGCGUCGUGAGCGGAGUCCCGUUGGGAGAUACCGCGAUGACUACCGUGAUGAGCGUCCGCCUCCUCGCAUGCGUGACGUCGGUUUGGAUGAUCGGUAUGACUCUCGUGAUCGAUGGAAUGCGCGUAACGAUGAUCGCUAUGAGCGACGCGGUGGCUAUCGCGAUGACGGGCGCGAUGACGAGCGCUACAUGAGUCGAUAUGACAGGCGCGUUGAUGAACGCAAUGACAGACGCUUUGACGAGCGUGACGACGAUCGCUAUGAGCGACGAAACGAUGACCAGGCUGAUGCUCCUGUUGACGAGCGUGACGACGAUCGCUAUGAGCGACGUAACGAUGACCAGGCUGAUGCUCCUGUUGACGAGCGUGACGGCGAUCGCUAUGAACGACGUGACGAUGAUCGGGCUGAUGGGCCUGUGAACAGGCUUGGCGAUGAUCGUCAUGAACCAAGCCGAGACGCUACUGGUGAUCCACGAAAUGAUGCGCACCAAGAAGAUGGCAAUGACAACCGUGGAAAUGAGACGGAUCAUCGCCGUGAUGAGCAGCGGCGCGAAACUAAUCACGAUGGUGACAACGAUCGUGAACGUAUCGGUUCGUCUGUGCCAGCGGAUUCAGCAGAACCGCGUCCAGAAGAGACGCAUACUGGUUCUGAGACCACCGACGAGCAGCGUCCUCUUCAGGAUGGUGCAGCAGAAACACAUGCCAAAGAUGCCGCUGCACCACCUCCCCCGUCAGAUGUGCAAGGUGACGCCGCACCACACGCCUAG